GCGACCAGUCUGGCACAUGCGCCGGAUGGGCAGGUCAUUUUAGACUUGGGCGACGGUGGCGACCCCAUCGCAGUCACGUUGUCCAGUGGGAGGGUCGUCAUCCAAAAAAGAACCAGUGGCAGCAUUGAUUUCUUCAGGGGGUGGUCCGAGUACAAGUCGGGCUCUGGCGACAACGACAACUUCUGGCUCGGGAAUGACAACAUCCACCGUCUCACUGAAGCGUCGAGCGAGAUCGAGCUGCGGGUGGACCUAGUGGACGCCACUGGUCAGCCGGGGCACGCCACGUAUUCCAAUUUCCACGUGGACAGCGAAUCGAACCUAUAUCAAUUGACAGUCGGCGGGUAUUCAGGAGACAUCGGAGACAGCCUGGCCAUCCACAACGGGCGGCGCAGCUUUACAACCAGUGAUCAGGACAACGACCUUUCGUCAAGCAACUGCGCCAGUGCAUUUUUUGGCGCGUGGUGGUACGAAUCCUGCCACCUGUCAAAUUUGAACGGGCGCUACGAAGCGUCCAGCACCGCGACUCUGACGCGGACCACCGUCACUACGUCGCUCACGACGACCACCGUGAGCAGCACCACGGACUCCACCACUUCGUCGUCCGUGACCACAGGGACGGCCACCCCGAGGCGGUUCUCCAUGGUUGUGGCCGAGUUAGUGGUCGCGUUGGACCCCACGGUCACCCAGACCGAGAUGGAGAGCGUCGCGAAGGCCUCCAUCGCGCUGUACUUGGAGACCAGUGACUCUCUCAUCGCCAUAGACGGCGUAUACGAGGUCACCGAACGACGCCGUUUUGGCCUGGAGAGGAAGCUCACCUCGGACUCCACGUUGUGGCAUGUGGACUAUCGUGUCGAAGUGGAGGGGACGGACUACGAGGACAUCCAGAGCGCCCUGGCCGCGCUGAAUGACACGGCGGGCGCGGCCGACUUCUCCGCAGCGGUUGCGGCAACGUUGGUUAACUUGGGCAUCAUGUCAUCGCAUCGUCUACGGUACGCUAGCGAUCCUGUCGUGGAGCUGUGGAUGCACACCACGGCGACCCACACGUCGACGUCGUCCACGACGUGCUGCGUGUGUCCAUGGCCCGACGUCGACCCCGUGCCCAUAGGGAUUGCGGGACCCAACUUUCAGGUCGUUGGCCCAUUGCCCGACCUUCUCCGCAUCGAAUGCACAGGCUUCAAAUGGGGCGACACGUGCUCUCCAGUCUGCGCACCUGGAUACCACGUGGAAGAAACGCUUCUCUGCAGCACCGUCUCCGAGAACGGGACGGUCCUCAUAGACGGGGAGUGGCAGGGUACCGCCAGGUGCGAGCCCAACGUUUGCGUGGGACGCCCUGCCUUAAAGAUGCCAGUCGGCUACGACGGCGUGGGCGCGGGCUGUUCCGACCGGAACUACACGCAGACGUGUGACGUUUCGUGCUCGGAGUACGAUGGCUAUGAAAACUUGGCGAACCAAAUCCUGAUCGAGUGCACGGCUACGACGGCCUACGACUGGGUCAACACCACUGGAGUGUGCACAGAGAAGGCUUGUCACGCGGACAAGGUACCAUUCAUUCCGAACGUGGUCGACAGCUCGUCCUGCGUCAACAUCGCCAGCGGAGCAAAUUGCUCGCCCGUGUGCAACUCGUCAUACGAGCUCCUCGCUCCCAUCAAAUGCACGAGGGGCGUUUUCGACAUGGUCCCACUGGUCUGCAUGCCGACUGCGGACAUAGAGGCUCUCGACUCUGCAGUGGGUCUUGUCGUGGAAGUGGCGCUCGUCGAGAGCAGCUUGGACUCAGGCCUCGCCGCCGAGUGGGCCUCAGGAAAUUUGCAGUGGGACGCGAUCAGGGGCGCGUUCGGCGCGGUCCUCGGUCUGUCCAUGGACCAGAUCCACGUGUACACGGCGAAGCGCCUGAACUCCGAUUACCAGUCUGGCCUUCCAGCGAGGCGCCUGACGACGUUGCAGGGGCUGUGGAUAAAGCUGAUGUUUCAAAUCUACCCCGCCGACGAUGAGACAGCUGUCACGGACGGCCUGGCCAGCCUCAACGUAGAUGGGGACAGCCUCAUCAGCGAGCUCGUUUUUGCCCUGCGGGAUGCCGGCGUUGCUGUCCCACAGGGCCUCGCCGCGGCCAGGCUCGUCGUCGGGGCGCCCGUGUCCGCCAUCGUGACCGUCCCUGUGGCGCGCUGGGUGGCGCGCGAAUCAUGGUCUCUUUGCAGCAACUUGUGCGGAGUGGGGGAGCAGACUCGCACAGUGGACUGCCUGACUGGCUCUGAGGACCUGUGCAAUGCGAACGUCCCGCCAGGCUACACCAAGGAGUCGUUUAUGCCCGACACAAGGGUGUGUGAGACGUACGUCUCGUGCCCGUACGACUGGUUCUGCCCAUCAGGCCCGGACCCCGUCACGGGCGACGGCUGCGAUGCGCAGGCCGGCAUCGUAGCCGCUGUGAUCGCCGUCGCUUUCUUCAUUGUGUCCACCGUUGGGAUUCGGUAUUUACGGAGAAUGAGCGUGGUACCGACGAGGGGGAUGGUGAAUAUUAGGGGGUUGGAUCGGUCAGGUGACCCAGUUGAGGUCGCGUGGACGAGGACGGAGGGGGUCGUUGACGAGGACGGUCAGCAAAAGACGAGGUUGCACUACGACCUCACCAUGGAGCAGAUGGCCCAAUUCGACGCGUACGAGGACCGCGAGCGGGGCUGCGCCAAUCUGAUACCACUGGACCCUAGGGAGGACUCGUUCUUGAAGGUGGACCUGAACUUGAGCGGCACGAUGGACUUCGAGCUUCACUUGGCGAUUAGGACCAAGGCCAGAGACUCGCUGCUGUUCGGCAAGGUCUUUCCCAAUGACAAGCCGCCAUUCGGCAUCGGCAAGGCGAAGGUUUUGUUGAUCAAGCAUGGCAAACUCUGCUGGCAAGUCGGCGAAAGUUGCAUCACUGGGAAGACCGACAUUGCAGACGGCUUCCAGCACAAAGUCUCAGUCGGGUACAGAGCGCACCAGGAGCAAUACUACCUCGAGGUCGACGGCAUUUUCGAAGCGAAAGGGCUUUGCGGUGCUGCUGACCACCAGGAUACCAUCCUUGUCCUCGGUAAAGAAACUGCGCCGAGGAACGGCGAGUUCAACGACGAGCUCCACCCCUUGUUCGAAGACUUGCACGGCAGCUGCUUCGAAGUGCUCUCGGCGGAGCAACAGGGGGAGGCGCCCCUCUUUGACGGCGACGUCGACCAUCGCGUUUGGAAGGAGUACAGAUGGAAUAAGAACCGGGGAAGGUACGCAUGGUUUGCGUAUGCGUUAUGCAUCGAGUCUGACGAGGUGAUCGACCACACGAUGUCGAAGCAGGAGGCCGAGGAGGAGAAACACCAUUCCACCGAACCGCAAUCGGUCGUCAGCCCGCCCCACUGGGCAUACCACAAGAACCAGGACGUGGAGUAUUGGUCAGCAACCUUGCACACGUGGCUCCCGGCCAGGAUCAUCGAUUCCAGAGGUAUGUACUUCGACGAGUAUCUCAAGUUCAACGUUCUCCACUACGAAGUGUAUGUUGGGGCGUCCAGGCAGUUGGUGCACGGCGUUGUGAUGAAUGACUUGCGCUUACCACUUGUUGACGGCGACUUGAUCAGCGUGUACUCCCCUAACCAUAGGCGUUUCUUUCCCGCUCUGGUCCGCAAGUCGAUGAGGCACAUUGACCCCAGAAAUGGAUACGACAUCGAGCUGGAGGACGAGCUGACCGACGAUGGGGAGACGUACACCAAGUCUGAGCUGCAGAAGGAUCUGGAGAUUCAGAACAGGGACCGGAAAUCCGAUGCUGCAGGACGAAAUUCGAGCUUGGACGGCGUGGGCGAAUUUGGACGUGGAGAGAGGCCGCUUGGAGUCCCGGCUCUGAGGGACUUGCCCGAGCAGGGCGUGGAAGAAUAUAGGCUGAUCAAGAACAUGUCAGCCAAGCGGGUGAGGAAGCGAUACAAGAGGGGAGACUUCGUCCGCGUCUAUAUGGGCGUCGACGCCGGCUUUGUCAUGGCCGAGGUCGUUCGAGAAGAGCUGGCAGGAGGGACAUCCGCAAGCCAAGGUGGCAAGGGCGCACGCCCGAGGCCAUCGUUGCCACGCAACCGUCGCAAAGAACGACAACGUCACGCCAUGGUCGUCGUGAGCAUUGUGAGUCGCUCCGAGGGCUCUCCGGGCGAAGAUCAAUGGGCUGGCGUGGAUACCAUGCUAGGGGAUUCCAAGAUGACGAUGGCGGAGUUCUUGCAGCGCCGUCCAAAUUAUUCCAGCGAUUCGCCCUCGCCCACGCAGUCCAACGGCGAUGAGCUGCGCGCCGUCAACGUGCACCCUGGCGCUGGCACAGCGGCUGCCGAGCCCGCAAUAGCCGUCUUCUCGGCAUUCACUGUCACUGGCGUCCCUGGCUACCUCCUGCACCCGCCUCUCGUGGGGCAGCCUGUCGUCGGAGCGUGCCGCCACGCCGACCCAGCCGUGGCCCAGCCGGCCCAGCCCGCCACGUGCGACGGACAGCACACCGAGAGGCUCGGGCAACGGACUGGAGCUGCCCGAGUCCUGGACCGCUGGUCCUUGGUGGUGUUCAUCGGAGAAC